UUGGUUCGUGCUGUGUAUCUUGGAGGUUGGCGGCUUGUUUCAACCUGCGGUUCUGCUGAUCUUUUAAGAAGGCCGUUAGAAAAACUUCGCUAUGGAUGCGAGUUUGAAACGGCCUACAGCAUCUGGAGAUGAUUCCUUUGGUUCCCGUGGCUUGGACUCAAAGCAUCUUUUCUUCACUAACCUGCAAUUACUGGGAUUUGAUGCUGCAGCAAUGGAAAUGAAGUAUAGAAUUCCAUUCAACAAGGAUAUGUUCAAUUUGCCCAACAAGACUGGAUCUGAAGCAGUGCUGUACUUCCUCUUUAGCCGCUUGAACCCUGUCAUGUGCAGACAAGAAUUUAGAGACUGUUGGCCUAUUGUUGACAAAAAAGCUGAAACCCAAUUUCGACGGCUCUGUUGUAUGUGGCUACAGAAUAUCCAAAAGGAUGAGGCUGACAGCAAUUUACCACGCAUUAAUGCAUCACUGUUCCUGUCACCUGGAGGAGAAAAGUUCUGCCAGUUAAUAUUCUACUUUAGUGUGUAUGUGUUACGCCAUGUCAUGAAAACAGAGGCUGGGAUAAAAGAGGAAGAAUUGUUGCAUCGUCCUGUAAUCACUCCUCAGAAUCGUGAGCUGUUCCCUGCUAUUCUUAAAACAGUGCAGUGUGAAAGUAUCCGAAGUAGAAAAAUUCUGUUGCUUACCUUGCGAGUCCUUAAUGCUGCAAGACAAGAGUGGCAAGAAUAUUCAGAGGAGUUGGUAAAAGAGAUUCGCCUGCUGACCAAAAGAAUUCAAGAACUUCAAUAUCGUAAGCAGAAGGAGAUGUACAAACUUACUCAAAAGAUCUCCAUUGGGAGCCCCAAGCCAAAAUUUCAACCAUCUACUGGUUCAGACAUAGAUGUGAAUGCAUAUGCUGCAGAGUGUGCUCAACGAGUUCAACGGGUACGAAAAAUGUGGAAGAGUAUUGAACAUUUCAUUGAGAGUACGGCUGAACAGCGAGAGAUAGUCUCCUCUGUCAUAAACAGGACACAACAGCGUUGUGUCAUUGAUGCAGCAGAUAUAAAAGUCAGUGUUCCACAUUUCCUGCUCAAAGAAUGUGAGCUGGAAAUAAGAAGGCGACAAGUAGACAACAUAUAUGAGGGUGGGCAGCUCAAUCUUCUGAGCCUUUUGCACCUUUGGAACCAGGCCCUGAUUAUGUACAUAAAUUACCUACAAUCAGUGGGGCUGAGAGAUCUGAGCAAUGAAGCUGCUCACCUGAAAACACAGAAAGCUACAUUACAAGCUUACAUUUCCAAUGCUGCUUCAUUAAGGGAAACAGUGUCCAAACAGCUGCCACAAAAAAAAGAAAGAGUAUUGCUGUUCUUUCGCAGACAGUUUCACAGUGGAACAAUACUGUCCCAGGGCCUUGGUCUCCAAGCACCAUCUCCUCCUGUGACUUUUGACCCACCAGAAGGCCACAGUGGAACAACCCCAACAGGACAAUUAUUAAGACUGACUCCAGAAUACGAGAACACCCUGAGGCUGCCAUGA